AUGCUAUUCCGUUCCUUUGCGCUGUCGUGCGCAUUGUCAACCAUUGCCGCCGCGAGCCUCAGUGAGAGCUCCCUGCAGAAACAUGUAGACUCUUUGACUCUGGACCAUUCUUUCAAGCCAGUGAAAGAGGCGUACUGGACCAGCCUGCCGCACCAUCGCCGAACUCCGUUUGCUGUCUCGCCCGACGGACAAUCGGCUUAUUUGGCGUACUUGGACUCAAGUGAGACCGACGUGCACGUCCAGCAGGUGGACCCGUCAACUUUCGCUGCUGUCGGAUCUGCUGUCACCGUGACUGGAGGCAAGGAAGCCGGGGGUCUAGUCGCCCACAACGAUGGUUUCGCUUUGUUAACCAACGAGGCUCUGCCGUCCGGCACCGCGGAUGCGCCCGCUGCAAGCACCCCGGUGCCGGUGCUUUAUCGCUUCACCAGCGGCCAACAGACAUGGAAGACAUUUCUUGGAGGCCCCGGGGUAGAUGCAAAUUUCGGCCUCGCCGCUUCACCAGAUCUCAAUGGUGAUCUCGUUUACUCUGAAGAGGCGGGCAUGUACGGUGCCUACUUUGUCAUCACCGCAUAUACUGGAGAUGCUUCGGGCCAUUAUGGUGAUAGCAUCAAGUAUGUCAAGACUGAUGGUACACUUACAACGAUCUCUGGCGCAUCAAGCUCUUGGGGAUGCUCGCACAAUACUGGUAUUGCCUUCGAGGCCGCCGAUGCCGCACCAUUCGCCAGUAUCUGCGCGGAGGAUCAGGGUGACAUCUGGCUCAACACUGCAACUCAGGGCAUGAGUGGUGUCAAGAUUUCUAACGAGAACACCACCAAUGGCGCAAGUGGGGAGGCAAUGGGCGGCAUGAGCGGUUCCUACAGCGGCCUCGCGCGCUUGAUUGGAAGCGAUUCUUACGUCUUUGCGUGGGUGUCCCGUGGUGCAGUGGACCUGACGGAGAACUCGUGGAUGGGUAAUGGCUACACCCAGUGCUCUAACCGGACUAAUGGCCGCAACGUCGCCAUUGCCCAGUUCACCGAUAAGAACACCCUUGUUGGCGAGCAGGCAUCAUCUGUGGUCGGCGCUGCUGAUGGCGACUCCCAAAUCAACUGGAUAACCCAAGGAACCGCCGACUGCUCAAAUGCUCAUGUUGCUGCCUUUGAUGGAUCAAGUGUCUUGGUGACCUGGGAGGAAAUCGAAAAUCCCUUCUGCCCGGUGAUUGCUAUGGGUUGUCAGGGUACUUUCACUGGCACUCGCUUCCAGCUCGUUACGAAUGGUGCCAAGGUUGGCGAUGCUCUUGUUGAGACAGAUACUUACGUUGCCGGAGAUAUGGUGACCAUGUCUGACGGCAGAAUCUGCUGGCCGUAUGUCAGCAUGGUCUGGGACCUUUCUUCGCCUGUUGCAUACGGUGGAUCAACAGCCACCACAACCUCGAUGUCUUUUGCUUGCAUGAGCCUCAGCGGGAGCAGUGAAACUUCCGCGCCCUCGUCAAGUGUGGUUAUUGCAUCGUCAACUGUUGCUCAAGAGGAAGCAGCUACCUCUACUCUCGCCACUUCAACUUUCGUAACCUCCAUCCGCUCCUCAACGACAGCCGCUGCUGAGACGACUACACCAGUCGUCGAAGCGACAUCAGAGGUCUCGUCGAGUACUUUAAUUCCCUCGGAGACCCAGAUUGACAACACCUCAGUCAAGCCUUCCGAUAUAGUUGUUCCCAGCGCUAUAGCAGCCCCAGUAACCACUCCCUCCGGCGCUCCUACAGCUGUCAUUCCAUCGCAGUCUUUUGUAUCUUCUGGGCCAAUUUCUAGCGGGUUGCCAAGCUUCAAUGGUGGAAAAGGUAGCGGCUUUGGAAAAGGCUUUGGCAAUGGCCGUAAGAGCUCGUGUGGCCGGCAGAAGCGUCCAAACUAG